UGAGUCAGACAGUGGACGGUGUCCGCCAGUUACGGUUUGGGAAUCGGAGAACGCACGAGAAUUACUCUUUGGACAUCAUUUUGAAACAGAAGCGAAGGAAAAAGCACCUGUUGAAUUGGUACAGUAAAGUUGUUCAAGUAUUUUGGAUUUUUUUUUCUCUCUCUUUGACUGUUCUGGGUUUCAAUAAAACAUUGCGGAACUUUCGGUGCUUUGCUGACAGCCAGUUAUCUGCUUCGGACUUUCAUGUAGUGUGGUGACUUUUGCAGAGUGCACUGUAGCAACCAAACGGUGUGCACAUUUACUGUGUGUUUUCUCUGCUUAGAGCGCGUGACUGGUACUCUUGUGCUUUGAAUCUAUGUCAACAAAAAUGGAGCAACCGUUUUAUCAUGACGACUCGUUUCUCUCUGCUUAUGGCCAUUCAGACGCUGGGCUGCACGACUACAAGAUCCUAAAGCAGAAUAUGAACUUGGGUUUCGCCGAACCUUAUCGGAACCUCAAGACACUCCGCACCGAAAGCGACUUCUAUCCCUCUGCAAACGGAGACGUCGGGUCGCUCAAGCUAGCUUCUCCCGAGCUCGAGAGACUCAUCAUCCAAAACGGUAACGGUGUCAUCACCACACCAUCCCCUGGCCAAUACCUGUAUAGUCGGGGAAUCACUGAGGAACAAGAGGGCUUCGCGGACGGUUUCGUGAAAGCCUUGGACGAACUUCACAAAAUGAACCAAAUGGCUCCGCCUAACGUGUCCAUCGGGGCUGGAGGUGUGUCAUCUUGCUCCGUUCCAUCUUCUGUCUUCGGGAGUUCGUUGCCGCCGGAGACCCCUGUCUACACCACACUCAAUAGUUGUACUCCGAACACUAGCCUCACUCCUGCCAACUACCCGACCGCUACCAUCAGCUAUCUGCCUCAUCACCAGCAGUAUCCGCAUCACCAGGCGACGACGCAUCCCUCUCACCACUUUCAGCACUCUCUGUCAGGCUCUGCUCUUCAUCCUCAGCGACUUCUUGCGCUCAAAGAGGAGCCGCAGACGGUGCCGGACCUGCAGAGUAGCGAUGGUUCUCCGCCAAUGUCGCCGAUCGACAUGGAGACUCAGGAACGGAUCAAGGCGGAACGCAAACGGCUUCGAAAUCGCCUCGCGGCGACAAAGUGCAGACGACGAAAAUUGGAGCGCAUCUCUCGCCUUGAGGACAAAGUGAAAGUCCUUAAGUCAGACAAUGCCGGGCUGUCCAACACUGCCUCUCUCCUUAGGGAGCAGGUAGCCCAACUGAAACAGAAAGUAAUGACACACGUUAGCAGCGGUUGUCAGCUUAUGAUCACACCAAAGAUCAAGUCCUACUAAAAAAUAUAUACGUGUACAAGGACACAGGACUCUUACAUAAAUGGGGGAAAACACUGGAAGAACAAAAUUAUGAUGUUCAUGAUAUAUUUGUAAUGCAAAUGUAUUGUACAGCAGUAACGAGCAUUCAACAUUUGAUGUGCUUGCGUGUUGAAACUAGUGUUUUGGUUUUUUGUUUGUUUGUUUGUUUGUUUGUUUUC